CUAUAUGUUUUGAGAGACCAAAAUUUCUAAAAGAAUGACUUCAUAUCUCUUUACAUAUAUGAAAUGAAACUCAAAAGUGUUUUUCGUUUUACCGGUUUUCGGUAAAAAACCGUUUCCACCCUUGUUUGAAAAGCAUUCAUUUUAGAGUUUUGGCUCAAAAUUCCGAUUGAUCGGAGUGAAGGCGCAAUCAAGCUGAAUACUUUCAUAUUGUUUGAUGGAACUGGGAAUCGAAAUCCUCGGGGAAAAAUGAUGGAGCAACUUUUAUCUCCUCUCGUGUUCAAUGGUUCUACUGUAGAAGCCAUCACUGAAGCCAAGCAGAAGAAGAAGCUUUUUGUAGUUCUUGUUUCAGGUGGCAAUAUGGAAUCAAAUCAAUCGGAAACAUCAACUUGGCUUGACCCAAGAGUUGCUGAUUCUAUAUCUAAGUACUGCAUUUUGUUGCACAUCCUAGAAGGAAGUACUGAUGCCAGAAACUUCUCAGCAUUGUAUCCACAGGAGGCUAUCCCUUGUAUUACAGUUAUUGGAUACAAUGGUGUUCAACUAUGGCAACACGGUAUGGAUCAGCUUAAUCUAAUGUUUGGGGGUUUUGUUUCUGCUGAAAAUCUUGCAUCUAGUCUUGAGAAGGCGUGGUUAAGUCUUCAUGUUCAGGAUACAACAACUACUUUGUUGACUGCUGCACUUGCUUCAAGGAAAGAUCUUGUAUCUGGAGCUUCUUCUGUAACAGCUGAAGUAGGGAGUUCUUCAAGUGCUCAAGUUUCACCAGCUCAGGCGAUUACACAUAUUCAAUCUCCAUUGGCUACACUGUCUAAAAACUCUCAGAUAGUAGAGGGAGAGGAUCCUGGACAUGCUGCUAUGGACAUAGAUUCCUCGCUGAUUGACAUGGAUUCUCAUGGAUCAGCAGAUGCCUUUGAAUCUAGAAUUGGUGACUUCAAUGAGUCUACCACUGUGAUCACAACAGCAGAAAAACCACUUGAUCUUGUAGAAGUAGAUUCAAACAAGGGUAAAGAUGAAUGUUCAAUGUCAAAAGAGAAUCCUGGUUUGCGUGAUCAACAUUUGGACCCUAGUGAUGAAGCUCCUAGAGAGAUUGCAAAUAAAGCAGGGAAAGACCCCGAGAUAAAUAUAGUUGAAGAUGCAGCUGCUGAGUCAGAUGAUUCGUCAAAUAUAUUUCAUGAUGUUUGUUUAAACAUUAGAUUGCCUGAUGGUUCAAGUUUACAAGUGAAGUUUCUCGUUGUAGAUACUUUAAGGAUGGUCAAGCACUAUGUUGAUAAAAACCAAACAAGCAGCAUUGGUUAUUAUGAUCUAGCAGUUCCUUAUCCUCGCAAGGUUUUUGGUGAUGAAGAUCUAGAUAGAACAUUGUCAGAUUUGGGUUUACACAAUAGGCAAGCACUGAUAAUCGUUCUUCGUAACAAAGUGGAUGUUACAUCAUUGCAUGGUCUAAACAAUCCGGCUGAGAGUAACCAUACAACAAUUGGAGGCGAUGCAGGAUAUUUUGCUACGAUCAGAAAACUCUUUUCGUAUGUAAAUCCUUUAUCUUACCUUGGUGGAAGUUCUAACACAUCAAACACUGCUCGAGAUAGCAUAUGGCAAUAUGGUCCAAACUCAUCCACACCUCAAAAUAAUCAGAGCCUGGUAAGUAAAACUUCCACAACUAAUAACAGAGGUAGAAAGCGAGCGUCAUCUAGCUUUGGGAGCAACAUCCACACCCUGAAACAUGAUGAAGAUGAAAAUCAGUCUGGUGACAAAAACACAUUCUGGAAUGGUAAUUCUACUCAGUUUGGUGGAGAUGAAUAAGACUUUGAUGUGUGUAUAAAUAUUCUUCCCGUUAGUCAUUGUAAUAAGUUUUGGAUUGAAGCCUGUUCCUUUACAAAAAAUGAUUGGCUUAAGCAUAAACUGAGGAGAUGCAUUUUAUGGUUAGAGAAUAUGGAUGAUGUUUUGAGCACAAAUAGGUCUUGUAUUUGUUAUUCUAACAGAAAUUUUGCUCCAAGUCCAUCUAUUAUUGAUAGAGUAAUGUUCUAAUUUUAGCCUA